GUCGCCAGUCUCGUCGCCAGUGUCGCUCGCCAUGCCGACAACCACCGCUGCUUCCAAGCACGUCAAGACCACCGCCGACUUACAAAAGGCGAUCUUUCAGACAAAGCUAACCAAUGACCCAACCAGAGCAGUCCCGACAGCCGAAUUUGAUCGCUUCUUCAAGCUUAUCGACUCCGUCAUCGACGAGUGCUCGCCCACAAACAUCCAGGUUUGCAUAUAUCACUGCUCAGUCCAACUUACGCGCCGACUCUGAACUAACGUGGACCGUGUGUCAACAGCAAUGUCGCGCAUGGAUCUCAACCACAAAUUCAAGACCUGUCUAGACCUCCAGCUUCCCAACAGCAGAUGCCCGGCUCCGCGACGACGCGUUCACAUCCUCUACCUUAUCAAUGACUUGCUCCACUCCGCCAAAUACCAUCGACAAACUCCAUCGCCAUUCCCAGCCUUUCGCGAUGGACUGAAGCAGACGAUUGAAGAUGCUGUCAAGAGCUGUGCCGGGGGCGUCAUGAAGGGCCAUCCAACUACGAAGAAGAAGCUGCUGGUCCUCUUGAAUCUGUGGCAGGCGCAUAACUACUACUCCGCCGACCUGAUCUGCACGCUGCGGGAAAUCGUCGAAGAACGCCCGCUUCCGACGCCGACUCUACACGGCUUCACAGGCGUGGCUUGGCACGACCAGCCAGCUGGCCUGAUGGUGCCAAUUCUGCUCAGGAAUCCGGAUGCGCCGGUUGACACCCUUCAAAUCAGGCCGAUGGAUGUCCAGCUCGAACAGGCCAGUGAGGCCCUCAAGACCGCUGUCGAUGAACUUUUGCAGACUGCAAACGAUGAACACAAUGGGGGCGAUUCGGAGCGUGCGGUCGUUGACAUUGAUGAGAUGGGCCACAGAUUGGUGGGAGAUGGGACCAGAUUUGUCAACUACUAUGGCUGGUCGGAGGGAUUCUGCAGGCGGGUGAUGUCGGGCGGGGCGCCGGGCCAGGGGGGCCAAUUUGGAGGGCGUGGAACUGGACACUAGAAAUGGAGUUCAAAUCGGACCGUGGUGGGAGGAGUUUUGGAGAGGGGGAUGACACGGCGGGAGCACCCCGGAUUUGUAUAAUAGUAGUCAAAACGACUGGAAUAAGACCCUGAUUCUCGAGCUGCU